AUGGGUCCUCAUCUGAAAGCAAGAACACCCGCAGAACUCUGCCGAAUGGGAUUACGAUAUGGCGCCCGGAUGAAGGCCAUGCCACUGGGCUUGUGGCCACCAAUUCCAAUAGCUGAUAUCAUCAUGCAUGGAGGGCGUCGAAAUCUCACAAGCGGUGAAGAACCCAACGCCUUUCGACUAGCACAUGCGGCACCACCAUUCGGUGCCCCAAUUUCUUCGCUAAGCAAGGGUACUAGAUAUGCUUUUGGCUCUGAAUAUCCCGCGGCGUCCCAUUCUAUAUUUUCACGAGUUGCACCUGACUUUCAACCCUCACAAUCCCAUCCCUUUGAACCAGCCUCAUGGUUAAUCGCCUCAGAUUUGUCUUCUCCGUCCUUCAGCGCUCACGACUUCCUUCAGAGUGCUCUAUUUCAAAGAUAUGAAGCCUCUCGUCCCUCUCAUCUUCCGGUCCUUGGCGAUUCAUUCAACGCUGAUGCUGCACUUGCGGCCCUUGACACAGUCGAAUCUGGACUCAGAAGACAGAGAGACGUUUCAAAGCGCGAAGAAGACCUCGCUCGCGAUGAACUACGAAAGGUUUUGCAUUUGUCAGCAAAAAAGAAGGAACAGCUUGUUCGUGCAGCGGACACAGUGUCGGCCAACGUAUCUGCACUUGGUGAGGCCGGGCGCCAGGCCGCCCUCGCACUCAACGCUGAUGUUAGUACUUUGCGAACUAGCGCAAGUCAACUGGCAACGCUGCAGGAUACCCGCGACCUUGUCUCGUUACUGACAACAGAAAGCAGCGAAUUAGAUGUCGUUCGUGUAAGUCGAUUGCUCUCAAAAGCUCGAAACCACUGCGAAGAUGGAUCUUUAGCGGCAGUACUAUCUGAGGAUGAUUAUCUCGUUGCCCGCGAAGAAAUUGAGAGAUGUGAGAAUGAACUAGCUUCCUCUCUAGAUUCUUGGAUGAGAAACUCUGUUGAUGCCGGAAACAAUAACAUCGUCAAAGAAUGUGCCAUGGCUGCGGAAGAGCUCAACAUAUCUGCUUCAUUCAUAGACUCCUACAUAUCCUACAUAUUUCGCUUGGAUCACACUGGUCCUGAUGACAGCAAUGGGGCGCUGAGAGGUAUAGAACACAUGAAUUCACAGGAUAUGCUACAGAAAUUCCGUAUUGCAGCCUGGGAAACUGUGAAUUCUGUCGGAGAGAUGAUACCCUCAAUAUCACAAUCUUUCAAUAAUUCAUCAAAGACCAUGAUUUCUUUAUUGCGUCUGUUGUCGGAGAGGAAAGUCAUUCCGAUUGCGGACCAUACUAUGCAUUCGCUUCUUUCACAGCACGUUUCCACCACAUCGUUGAACAAUGACAGAGCAGAUGACUUCUUAUCUACAACACCAACUAGGUAUGCUACGGCCCGUGAUUCUGUUGAAAUCUUAAGAUCGCUUUCAAUCACAGAGAACAGGGAAGAGAAGAGGGAGGAGGCCGAUUCAGUGCUUUUGCAAAAAAGGCAAGAUUUGACCGUAUGUGGCGAAGUUUUUAAGUCGAUGGGAAAGCUAAGGAAUGACCUCCUUGUCCAAUGUUCAAUACCAGAAUGCAAUCACUCGAAGAUAUUCCAAGAGCAAGGCAUGGACCCAUUUAUUUGCUUCGCAAGAAAAUGGGUUCCUCAACUCUUGAGGCAAGAAAAGGCCUGGGUCGAUCAGCAACUUGGUGCGGCUUUCUUCGAUAUCACUCGGGUAGAAGCAAAUGCUCCCAGACUAGCACCUCGGGAGAAUAGUGAUGCGGCAGCUUAUCAUCGAUAUCGGUCAUUCUACAGUCAAAUCUCGUCCAGAUAUUUGCAAAUGACUGGCAAUGCAAUUGAGAGUACACAUGAAUCGCUUUGCCGUAUAGCAACGAUUUUGAGCACGGUUCUAUCCAUAGAAUCACUGUCUUUAAAGGACUUUGUAGCAUCCUUCACAGAAGCCGAACAGUCUCCAAUGCAUGAGAAUUCGCUUCUUGAGCACAUUUCAGAGUCCGUUCUCAAAGCAGAAAGGUUUCAAGAACGGCGGGAAGUGCUUACUGAAGGGACUGCGUCGCCCAAGAUAAAUACGACGAUGAGUUCGAAACAUGCCAUCGCCGAAAUAUCCGCUGUUCUUCGUGAAAUGCUAGAUGGCUUGGUGAUAUGCUAUCUGGCGAACGCGGAGACAAUCUUGCAAGCAGCCUCUCACCUGCUACCCAUAUCCGAGGCUGAUGCGCAGGCACAUGACCUCUGGGUAAGUGGGGUUUCCCCACUCACAGCGUAUAUGCAAGCUGUUGAAGUUUUAUUGCGAUCAAACCAAGCACUGAGUGAGUUCCUUUUGACUCUUGAAUUCUCCGACCAUGUCUCACAAUUCAGUAGCCCCUCAUUGAGCCCAGAAGAUGAAUUAGCUAUGUACAUUCCUUCAAGAACAAGAGAGCGUCUACAUAGAGACUUGACAACAGGUCUUUCUGAUCUCGGUGCGGAAGCGCAAGUUGGAGUACGAGCUGCGGUAACAUCUGUGCGCGCCCGUUUGUUUGCGAUGCUAUCGUCGAAAGAUGCAAUGCAGGCUUACGUGUCACUGAACCGCGAUGACUCGGCAGUUUUCAACGAGAACCUCAAGCAAGGGCCCUCCAGCCUUGGCAUGGAUGUAGAACCGUCGCCAGCGUUUUUAAAUGCAUCAGCCUUUGUGGAGCAGCAACUACACUCAGUGCUAUCAAAUGUCCACAGUGCAAAUCGAGAAUUUGUCAUUUCAGAACUCAGCGUCAUCGCAAAAGAAACCGUUCUACAACACUGGUGCUUAUGCGCAGGUCCUUUGUUCCUAGCAGGUGCGUUCCAACUCAUUGCUGACGGAAGGGCGAUGGCUAGGGUUUUCCAAGAUCAUCGUCAGAUCGCAUCUUGCUGA